AUGGUUGAAAUUGAAUCAUCCAAUACUCAAAUCACAGAAACGAGUGAUAGAGUUCCUGCAAUUAAUGCAGUGGAUUUAUCACAUGCUUUCUACAUUCACCCUUCUGAUUAUCCCGACAUGAACCUUGUCUCCACUGUUUUUGACGGUAGGAGUUAUGAUGGCUGGAGAAGGGCUGCUAUUAUAGCCCUUUCAGCGAAGAACAAACUAGGAUUCAUUGAUGGAUCCCUAUUUGUUCCUACUAAUAUAACUCUUCAAAAGGCUUGGUCAAGAUGUAAUGACAUGGUCUUAUUCUGGUUACUCAAUUCUCUCUCAAAAGAAAUUAUUGAGUUUGUCUUGUACUCCCAAAUCGCCAAAGUCUUAUGGUCUGACCUGGAAGAUAGAUUUGGUCAGGCUAAUGGUGUCAAAUUGUUUCAACUUCAAAAAGAUUUAAAUGUUGUAGUUCAAGGAAAUUCCAGUAUUUCUGCAUAUUUCACAACAAUGAAGAGGGUUAGAAGUAAUAUUUUGUUAUCUUCCUCUCUUCCUACUAUUGGUCAAGCUUAUUCUCUUGUUAUUCAAGAUGAAAAACAAAGGAAAAUUCUUGCUACUCCUGCUUAUCCAGGAGAAUCAACAUCCUUUCUUGUUGGUAAUGCAGGAGAAAUGAGGUUCAAUGAUUACAAAACUCAACAAGAAAAUUUCAUUAAGAAAACUUCUCUGGUGUGCAACUAUUGUAAGAAGAUAGGACAUACCAUUGACCAUGCUAUAAAAUUCAUGAUUUUCCUUCAAAUUUCAAGUUCACUAAAUCUAAGAAGUAUUAAAAGGGUACUAUUGCCAGGAAUGCUUUUAGUACGUGAGAAGGUACGUACUCAUCAUGGAGUGGAAAAUGAUUCAGAUGUGAAUUCUCUUAGUCAAGAAAAUGUGGCACAACUUUUGUAA